ACGAGAAUUUUUCAGAAAAAUGAGACAUCACAAACAGGUUAGACAAACAGAUUCCUAAAACAAAUAAUAUUAAAGUCUUGCAACAGCGGAGAGACUCACAGAGCUCUGUCCAGCCAACACAUAAAACACACGAUCCAUACAUAGAUUAACAAUCUUCAGAUUCAAACCCCAUCUCAAACUCCAAACCCCCACACACCCAUAUUUCUAUUACCUCAUGUGUACAUAAUCUCGAUUCAUUUUCACUGAAGUACGAUGAAUUUGAGUGUUUCGAGAAGUGGGUUUGUGUUGUUUCUUGUAUUAGUGUUUGUAUGUAAUUGUAGAAAUGGAUUAGGAUCAUCGGAUGAAGCAUAUGUCACACUUUUGUACGGAGAUGAGUUUGUUUUGGGUGUAAGAGUUCUGGGCAAGUCGAUUAAGGAUACUAAAUCAACUAAUAAAGACAUGGUUGUUCUUGUUUCUGAUGGUGUUUCUGAUUACUCCAAGAAGCUACUUCAGGCGGAUGGAUGGAUUGUGGACCACAUCAGUUUAUUGGCGAACCCUAAUCAGGUCCGACCGACAAGGUUCUGGGGUGUGUACACAAAGCUGAAGAUCUUUAACAUGACAAAGUACAGAAAAGUGGUCUAUCUUGAUGCUGACACAAUAGUGGUUCAGAGUAUUGAAGACCUAUUUAAGUGCGGAAAGUUUUGUGCUAAUUUGAAGCAUUCCGAAAGGCUAAAUUCAGGUGUCAUGGUAGUUGAACCGUCUGAGGCUGUUUUCAAUGAUAUGAUGAGCAAAGUGAAAACUUUGGCAUCUUACACUGGAGGUGAUCAGGGGUUCCUCAAUUCAUAUUACGUCGGGUUUGAAAGUGCACGUGUUUUCAACCCAUUUCUACCUGAUGAUGUGAUUAAAUCUAGACCUGUUCCUGAAAUGGAGAGGCUUUCUACUCUAUAUAAUGCAGAUGUUGGCCUUUACAUGCUUGCAAACAAGUGGAUGGUAGAUGAGAAAGAGCUUCGUGUUAUUCAUUAUACUCUAGGUCCCCUUAAACCAUGGGAUUGGUGGACUUCAUGGCUUCUUAAACCUGUUGAUGUCUGGCAGAAUGUAAGGGACCAACUUGAGGAAACACUUCCUGGAACUGGAGGGGGCAGAAAUUCUAAUGAAACUCUUCUAGUCCAGUUUCUUUUCCUGCUCCCAAUAUUAACAUGGAUUUUCUUAUACUAUAAGUCUUUUCUUCAGACACGUUCACUAUGUGAUCACCUCAGGCAACUGUAUUUUAAAUUCAGGUCUGGGGGUGCUCUUGCUUAUACCACGGUUUCAUCUUCUACCAGCAGUUCAAAUAAAGAGUUCUCAAAUGGUGCACAUUCCAAGGUUCCUAUUUUCCUCGGGGGAAUUUCUAUAUUCAUCUGUUUUAUGGCUGCUGUUGUGUCUCUUGCACUCUCUCUUUCCAUUGUGCCUCGUCAGGUUACGCCAUGGACAGGCUUGUUGCUCAUGUACGAAUGGACAUUUACAAUUUUCUUGCUAGUAUUUGGGGGGUAUCUGCACUUAGUCUACCAAUGGGGAAAGAUAGUGGCUAAUCAAGGUGGAUCUGUAUCUUCUCGUCCUGAAUCUGCUGAUUAUAGUACUGGCAAAGGCCAUCAGCGCCAGACUUCUUGUGAUGUUGCUAUGUGGUAUUAUGGAUUGGGGAUGGCGAUUCUUGCUGUUGCUGCUCCGUCAUUACCUUGUGUUUUCGGGAUCACAGCGCUUUUUCUAAGGCUAGGCUUGAUGGUGGUGGGCGCUAUAAUUUUGGCAUCUUUUAUGACUUACGCCUCAGAACACCUCGCUAUACGUUCAUUCAUAAGGGGUCUGGAGGACCGGGAUAAUUCUAGGUCAGGCAGGAGCAUAUGUUUGGUAUGCUAGUUAGUGGUUAGUAACCUAGCCUUGUAAGCUAUAAUUAUUACGUUUUCUCUUCCUAAAUGUUAUAUCUUUGGGCGUAGAGGCCCUGUGAUUUAUUUAUAGACAUGUAAAAAACUGAUUUGGUCAGUUUAGGAGCAACCACACUAUAAUUAAAUUUCACUGAUAGAUUUUGAUGUGUUA